CCAGCCAUUUCAUGUCUGCGUUAUCGCCUAUGGCAACAUAUUUUGGUACGGCAACCAUCGUUCUGGAAUGUGGUUUCCCUCAUCUUCAACUUCACAGGGUACUUUCUUCUUCUUCGUUUUUUCUUCCUUUUUCGUUCUGGAACUGUGGUUUCUCUCAUCGACAUCUUCACAGGAAAUCAUGUCUCCAACGAUGGAACACCGGGACCGUGGGGAUGGAAAAGAGGAGAGGAUACAUUUUGACGACUCCAAUGGAUUGGAGGAGGAGGAGGGAAACUUUGAUAUGUGCAGUCAAUCAAGAUGCUGAACAAUCAUUCAAAAAGACUGUUGAAGUGGAUAGGCUAAUAGAUAUGCUAAGGGAUGCAAAUGCAAAUGAUCUUCAGAAGCUUGUAGUUGAAAAUGUCCUUGCAUUCAAUGAGAUUUUCUGGAUACGGCUUGCAGCUAGAACCGAGACAUGCAAAUCUGAGGAUGAUAAAAAAGACUAUGAAGAAUUGGCGUCAUCGGUAAUGAGCAUAGUGGAUCACCUUGUCCAUAAGACCAAUAAAAAAAUAGAAUCAGCAACCGAUGUCCUCAAGGAAAUUUUAAAACCUGUUGUCAAUGAAGUGGAAGAGAUAUUGUGGCCUCCAAAAGAUCCUGGGGCUCUCUCUCUGAUGGAGAAAGAAUUAAUUCAAAGGGAACAAGAAGGACAGCUAGAUGAAGGGUUUCUUUCAGAAGUUAAUGCACAAUUACGGCAAGCAAAAGAGGAUGGGGAUAAGCCUGGGUUGGAGGCUAUGUUGCAAAAGGUCUUGCAGCUCUAUGCUUCCAGAGUUCUGUCUAAACGUAGCUUUGCAAAGAAAGUUUGUGUAUCUGGUGCAGGAAAUGAGAUUUUAAAGGCCGAAGAGUUUCUUGAGACCAUAAUCAAAGCGCCUGAGGAUGAAUGGAAUAGAUUGCUGAUCAAUGGUCUGAAUGUGGGAAAAGGAGAGGUUUUGCCAGAUGAAUUAUAUGCUGUCAUUAAGAAACGGAUUGAACGUACUUUGAUUAGAACGGAGGGUGGUUCUUACCAGCAACGUAUUCUAACUGAGUAUCUUAAGGGCAUCCAGUCAAGGACAGAGGAGAUUGUCCAAGUACUUCAGGGCAAGUCACUGUGAGCCACAAUUGUGCACUUAGCCCAAAGUCGAACAUUGUUAGUCUUUGUGCAUGUAUCAAAUGUGGAGACAAGUACCUUUCCACUGGAAAUCUGGAAAAUGAAGAGAGGAGCCAGGGGAUCCAUUAGCCUGGAAACAUGAAUUGGUUGGAGGGUGUUCAUGCACUGCUACCAUGGAUCCCAAUAUGAAUCAGUUCAUGGGCUGUCAUUCCUGGUGCCCUGUAGAAUCUAUUCCGUAUGUCCUUUAUGCAUACACACAUGAUUCUUAGCUCGAGCUGAUCAUGAUACAUUUAUAGCUAAAUCCUACUGCAGUUUCAUUGUUUUGGUUGGGAAAAUUUAUGGACAUCCUUAUAACAGGUUUAGAAAUUAGAACUAUACAA